AUGGCGUCGCGGCUCCGCUCCAUCUCCCGCCCCGUCGCAGCCGCCUUCCUACGCCCCGCGGCCGCCCGGAGCCCGGCCGCCGCUCUCCCCCGCUCCCUCGCUUCAGUCCCCAGGCCUUCUUCUUCCCUGGGGCGGCAGAUCGCGCUGGCGCGGUCCCUGCAGCCUCUGCACAGCGCAAUCUCGGCGGCGAGGCUGACGUCGCGGCUGGGGGCGGAGGUGGCCCGGGCCGUGUCGCAGGAGACCGGUCUCAGUGUGCCUCGAUAAUGAAAGAAACCGCUCUGGGAUAGAUGCAGCGGAUAAUGAAGUAUUUUGCUCCCUCCAAUAAUGGGUUUUGUUUUUUGGCUAGUUCUUCAGGGAAUUAGUAUGCUAUGUACUAAUGACCUUAUGUCAUAUACACGGAAGCAAUUACUUUGUGCAUUUCAGUCAAGCUUGAUCCUUGACUGAACGAGUUGUAUUUUGUUAACAGUCUGAUUAUUGGACGAAAUGUCCUCUAGUUCGUCCUUUUGUUUGAGGAUCACCUUAUCUUACUAUACUCAACAUUAGUGUA